CAGGGAGUCUGUGAUUUAUGGCUGCCGUAAAAACUUCCAACGGUGGUGAACAUUUCAGUGUGGAGAGACUCAAGGAAUGGCCGGAGCCGGAGUCUGUGUCUUUAAUGGAGAUAUUAGCUAGAGAAGACAUCGAUGAAGCUGUGUAUGCAAUAUUAUUCAGAGAAAACUACAUUGUGAAGAGACUGGAUACUUAUUUCCAGCAUGAGGCUGAUUUUAAGGAAAGAAGAAGAGAGAUGUUACAUAGAAGAUGGGUUGAAAAUGUAGCAAAGCCUCUUCAACAGAGAGUUAUAGAAAAAGUAAUUUCACAUAGAAGACCUGGAAAAAGUGAAGUGAAAUUUGAAUACUGUGCAAAGCACACAGAUAAACCGACCAAAGCCUCUCCACCAUGUGAGUGUCUGUUUCGAAGACAGCAAGAGCUCCGAGAAAUAAAGGGGACCAGCUACCAACAGAGCGCAGGGAAACAGAACGACACACAGAAAGAACACACUAAAGAAACCAGGAAGGCACCCCACUUCGGCAGAUCACCCCAGUUCAUGCACGCUUCCCAUGGCAUCGUUCCCAAAGAGAGGCAGAGAGCCCCUCCCCGGACUGCUUGGAACAAGCCCAGCACCUACAGUUUUGAAAAGCCUGUCUGUAAAUCAAAGUCAUAUCUGCCUCAGGAAGAAGAGACCCCCAACCUAAGCCAGCUUGCCUUUGAAAGGCAGUUCCGUUCCUCUAAGCUCAGGCCGGAGAACAAAGAGAUUGAGAAGUGUCUGGUUUCAGGGACCCAACCCCCGAGACCGCGCUCCUGGGCGGCCGCAGACAGCCGCCACCGGCAGGCGCAGGCGCCCCCGGCCGUGGGCAGACGCGUGAUGACGGCGGAGCUCCUGGGCAAGCAUCUGGCCUCCCUGCAGGGGGCAGCCAGGUCCGGCCUGCAGUGGUCCUAGAGCUGCCGGCCCUCCCACUGCACACACACACACACACACACACACACACACACACACACACACACAGGUGCUGGCCCUCCCACUG